GUGUAGUCGUCUGUAGGCGGACAGUCACCCUUGUUAACCACGGUUCGCUUAACACGUAUCCCAGGGUAAUCGAUCUAACUCGCGGCCGCUGUCCAACAAUAUGUGAAUCUUCUUCAUAUGCCCCACUGGCUGGUCCAAAACUCCCCACCUGUAGCAAAAUGCGCCUCCCACCAGAAAUCACCGACAGAGUCAUUGACGAGCUCAGUUAUGAACAUCAGACACUCUCGUCGUGUACCCUUGUCUCCCGAAACUUCCUCCCCCGCUCUCGGCUCCAUUUCUUCCGACACGUUAUACUCUCCACGCCUCAAUCAUGCAAAAGAUUCCAUGAGCUCAUUUUGAGCAACCCGUCUAUCGCCUCUCUUGUAAAAUCACUAGAGAUCGACACAGAUCCUAGAUACAAAUGCAAGGAAGACAUACACCUCCACGAGCUCAUCGAAAGGGCACUAUUUCAAAGCUCUUCAGACCGUCAAUGGGUUUGUAGAGAUCCAAUUCUCCAGGACAUUCUUUAUCUGCUACCAAACGUCACUUCUCUCACCACCGGUGCAAUGCGCUGGAGGAAUUUCUCUCGCAUACCUACCGCUCUAUCCUUCGAGCGUGCCCUCUCUUCUAUUGCCAGUGGAAUUACCACCCUCAGGCUCGAUUAUGUGCACUUCGAUUGCCUGACAGAUCUCCUUGACAUGCUCAGCGCAUUCACGAGGCUCAAGUCGCUUUGCCUGGGCACAAUAAUCGCAGCCCCUUUCGCCGCGACCGACGCGGAGCGAGUAUCGUUAGGAAUCGAGGAGCUUGAGAUGGAUAUGGAAGGAAGUUCCCGCGUAGUAGAGAUGUUCUUGCUGCGAGCCAAGCUGGAGAAACUCCGUAGGCUGAGGGUUACGAAAUAUUUUAGCGUGCAAGUAGAGCUCGUUCGGGCGCUGAUGGACCUGACGAAGGAUUCAUUAGAAGAUUUGGAAAUGGGAACGUGUAUUUUACCAGCCGACUGGGCAAAGAGGUGCCCUCCACUCGAUGUGAGCUACCUUAAAUCACUUUGGAUUGAGCCUCCAUCGUGUUCUCUGGCACAAUGGUGGGCGUUGUCUUUGGAAAACGCGGAUGCAAAAAACAUAAACCUAGUCGUGAAAGACUUCGACACGUCACCGACCUUGGGAAGUUCAACUUGAUACGCGGACUAGCAGGUUUUGUUUUAGUCCUCGGGGAAGAUCGUCGCUACAUGUAUAAUU